AUGUCAUUUACAUUAACUAACACAAAUAAAGGUGUAUUGUGUAUUGUGCAUAAUAAUUUUAAGUACAGACGUCAGCGAGUAAUGGCAAACGGAGAUAUAUCUUGGCGAUGUACGGUAAGACAAUGUACUUCAACUAUUCAUACAAAUUCUAAAAUAUCUAACAUUUUGACGGAAAAUGAAAAUAUAUCGCAUAAUCAUAAUAUUAUUGAUAAUCGGGAUAUUCAGCGACAAAUUGUUCGUAAUAAUUGCAAACGAAAGGCGACUGAAUGUAUUUCAGAGCGACCAAAUAAAAUUAUUCGUCGUGAAUUGAUGGCGACUGAAACUUCAGAACUAUUACACGAUGAUAUGUCUAGUAUAAGAAAAUCCAUGUAUAGAGAACGUAGGAAAAUAACUCCUGCAGCACCUACUUCAUUAUUCGAACUCAUCCAACAAUUAAAAAUCAAUAAUAUAACAACACAUCGUAAUGAAACAUUUUGCCAUGUAGAUGAAGAGUCGAAAAUCGUAAUAUUCACGACAAACAAUAAUUUAGAAUAUUUAGUCAAUAAUAGUCAUACUAUUUUAGGCGAUGUAUAUUGUUUGUUACCAUCCAAAACAACUGAUAUUUAUGAAAAAAUGUGGCAUUUAAUAAAAACAUUAUGCCAGAAAGAAUUAAAACCUCAAAAUAUACUUUUGGAUUUUGAACUAUCAGCUCAUAAUGGCGUUUUACGUGUAUUUCCAAAUGCACACAUUAAAUGUUGCUGGUUUCAUUUCGGGCAAGCCUGGUAUAGACAAAUUGCAAAAUUGGGACUUAAAAUUAAAUACGACCAAAAUGAAUCAGAAAUUUCACAUUGGUUAAAGUAUUUCUUUGGAUUAGCUUUUUUACCUUCUACUGAAAUUUCUGAUGCAUUUUAUGAACUAUUUUCUAUUGCUCCUGAGCAUUUUCAGAUUAUAUUUUAG